UUGCCGCUCUACGUUGGAUAAAGGAAUCAUCAGGACUCUUCUUGUGGGAACACGUUUUCUCACAGCGUCUUGCCGAGUCCUUUUGAUCCACCGCCACGAUGUCAAACACCGACAUCAUCUUGACUCUGCUGAAGCUAGGCUUUCGCAUCCUGGUCGCUGGCAUUGGACUGUCAAUCCUCACACUCCUCUACAACAUCUCGCCAUUUCAUCCGCUCGCGAAAUAUCCUGGCCCGAUUCACUGGCGAGCAACUCGGCUCUUCGCAUCUUACCAUCAUUCUACAGGUGACUUGUACCAGCAUAUCGCCGCUUUUCACGACCGCUAUGGGCAUACCGUUCGCGUCGCUCCGGACGAGCUCUCAUUCACCGAUCCGGAAGCAUGGGCGCAGAUUUACAACUCUCGUCCGCAACUCCCCAAGUCCACUUACCACUUCGGAGAGCUCAGCAACGAUCGCUUGCCCACGAGUAUGAUCACUGCCCACGAUGCGGAACACAAUCGUUUGCGCAGGCUGCUCGGUCCGGCCUUCCAGAACAGCAGCAUCGCGGAAGUCGAGCCAGUUCUGCAGCAGUACUUCGACCUUCUCUGCAAGCAACUCACCAUCGCGAGCCGCGAAGGUUCCCAGGACAUAGGCGAAUGGUUUCUCUGGGCCCUCAACGACGUGAUUGGUCAUCUGGCGCUCGAUCAGAAAUGGGAGUGUCUGGAAAAGCGGAGGCUGCAUCCUUGGCCUUCGUAUCUGCUCAACGUGCUGAAGCUGAGUGCGGCUGUCAAUCAAUUCCGGCGAUGGGGAGUGACGAUGGACAUGCUCAUGCCGUUCAUGUCGGCCAAGUCGAGAACCGACGCAGAGAACUUUAUUGAAAUUGCUCACGACGCUAUCAACGAGCGACUUGCCAAGGAAGAAGAUGAGCAGAAGAGUGAUACAGACGGCUCCUCAGCGCGGCCGGACAUCGUCGGAUUGAUAACACGGGAAAUGAAAGGUGGAGACAAACUGACCAAGGCGGAAGUGACAUCCAACUGCGUCCUGAUCGUUGGCGGCGGUGCGGAGACUACGGCCACCUGCCUGAGCUCCACAAUGUAUCAUCUCUGCAGCACGCCGAGGGUGAUGAACAAACUUCGCGAGGAGAUCCGAGCGCAAUUCUCAUCGUCCGAGGAGAUUACCCUUAAGGCAGUCCAGGAAAUGCCGUACUUGAAGGCGACGAUUGACGAAGCCUUGAGGAUGUUUCCCGUCGCCUCGUACAUCUGUCCACGAAUCACGCCGAAGGGAGGACAUAUCGUUGCUGGAGAGGUCAUUCCCUCCGGGUUCAACGUCACAAUGGGUCAGUGGGCCAUGGGUCGAUCGAAGCACCUCUUUGACAACCCGAACGAGUUCAGACCGGAACGAUGGGUCGACUCGGAAGUGCAGGAUGCGUGUGGGCGGCGUGUAAACGACAUUCUCAAGCCAUUCAGCAUGGGACCGAGAGAUUGUGUGGGCAAGCUGCUGGCGUUGGCUGAAGCACGCUUAGUUACAGCAAAGCUACUUUGGCAUUUCGACAUGGAAUUGGACGGUGAUCACUCUACCUGGGUGCAAGAUGCCAGAUUCUAUGUUCUGUGGCAACUACGGCCGCUCAAAGUGAAGCUCACACCAAUCAGGACGUGAGAAGCGAUCGAUCUAUUGCCUACGGGCAUCACCCCGAAACCGCAUCCCGUCAUUCAAUGAAAACCU